AAAGUAUCCGUGGAGAACACUGAAAAUUCAGUGGAUUCAAAAUCCAUUAAAACUUCAGAGACAAAGAUCUUACAUGGAAGCAAAUCAAUGAACUCUGGAAUAUCCUUGGAUGAUAGUUACAAAAUGGAUUAUCCUGAAAUGGGUUUAUGUAUGAUAAUUAAUAACAAGAACUUUCAUAAAAGUACUGGGAUGUCAUGUCAGUCUGGUACAGAUGUAGAUGCAGCAAACCUCUGGGAAACCUUCACGAACUUGAAAUAUGAAGUCAGGAAUAAAAAUGAUCUUACAUGUGAAGAAAUUUUGGAAUUAAUGUACAGUGUUUCUAAAGAAGAUCAUAGCAAAAGGAGCAGUUAUAUUUGCGUGCUUCUAAGCCAUGGCGAGGAAGGAAAAAAUUUUGGAACAGAUGGACCUGUCGAUCUGAAAAGAUUAACAGGUUUCUUCAGAGGGGACUGUUGUAGAAGUCUAACUGGAAAACCCAAACUUUUCAUUAUUCAGGCCUGCCGAGGCACAGAACUGGACUGUGGUAGUGAGACAGACAGUGGUGUUGAGGAUGACACGGCCUGUCAGAAAAUACCGCUUGAGGCAGACUUCUUGUGUGCAUAUUCUACAGCACCUGGUUACUAUUCCUGGCGAAAUUCAAAGGACGGAUCCUGGUUCAUCCAGUCACUUUGUGCGAUGCUGAAACAGUACGCUUACAAGCUUGAGCUUAUGCAUACUCUCACUUGGGUGAACCGAAAGCUAGCGAUAGAAUUCGAGUCCUUUUCCACUGAUUCUGCUUUUCACGCAAAGAAACAGAUUCCUUGUAUUGUGUCUACGCUCACAAAAGAACUGUAUUUUUAA